AUGAACGAUGAGCUGCUGCCAGCGAUCGGUUUCCUCUUCGUGGCCAGCAUUCUUGUGACGGGCUACGUGGUAGCUGUGCCAAUUUGGCGCUGGCGCCUGUCAAAGAAUCCCGACGCACGUCUUCUAACGCCCACGGAUCUGUGGCUUUGGGUGUUGACGAGCUGCCCAUGUUUUGUCUUGCUGUUCGGUAUUGCUUUGCCCUGUAGCUUCGGACUGUUGGGGCUGAGCUCCGCAGGCUUUGCAGUGAAUGUCAACUUGGACUUUUCCGACUACUUGCGGGCCGAACUGGAGGAGCAGUACUUGCUGGACGCCGCCAACGAGGCCUCCUCGGAACAGGUGCGCAAGACGGGGGACCGCCGGCGGAGAUCGCAAGAAUGGAGGGGCUGGACAGUCUACGACUAUGAGCAAAGACAGAGGCCAGGCCCUGCAGGCAGAGACACUGGCCUUGGGCGUCGACUGCAAGGGGUGCAAGAGCAGACGCCGCUAGCAUACCAGAUUUGGGAGCUGGACAUCUUCUACCAAGCUGUGGACCCGAGCACAGGCAUCUUCACCGAAGAAGCCUUGAAGGAGAUCAAGGAUUUCGAAGAUCAAUUGGUAUCCUUCGAUGGAUAUGGAGACUUCUGUCGGAGGUGGCACGAUCGAGGAUCCUCCUGUGAUGUGCCAUACUCUGUGAAGAACCUCUUCUAUUCAGUGCCGAAUGCCAGCCUCCACAACGGCUCCACCAUGUCACUGGCCUACGAUGGUUCGGGCACGCUGGCGGACAUCGAGUCUGUCUUGAAGGAGCUCGUGGACAACGAGAUCCGCUGGUGGACGGAUGGCGAUUUCAACCGCAACAACUUGAAGAGCCAGUACUCACGUGCGACGCUGUACGGAGGUGCGCCACUGCCUGGAUACUUGAGCUGGGAUGAUCGACGUGCUGAGCAGGAGGCGAAGAUAAAUGCCUGGCUAGGCCGCCUCUUCGAGGAGUUCUUGCGACGAGCCGAUCUGACCGGGGACGAUGCCCUGCCCUACAAGCACGUGAAGUUUACGUGGUAUGAGAAGAGGAUCAACAACUACGAGAUUUUGUACUACUUGCGCUUCGAUACGCUCUUUGCGCUGGGCACCAUGGCAACCGUCGCCUUGCUGGUGUUGGCGCGAAUCCAAAAUCUCUUCAUCACCUUCUUCGGUGCCAUCGGGGUGGCCUUGGCUUUUGUGGGGACCUACUACUUUCACUUCGUCGUCGCCGGUUUCAAGGCCCUGAGCAUCCUGGACUUCGUCUCUCUCUUCGUGAUCCUCGGCAUUGCGGCAGAUGACGUGCUUCUGCUUUUCAACACUUACUCUCUUGCGGCUGUGCUGCUGGGUGCAGAGGCCACUCCACAGCAGAAGAUGCGAUGGGCGUACAAAGAGGGGACCGCACCGAUGCUGGUCACGCCACGCCCUCAGUCUUUGCCAGGCGAAGCCCAGGAGUCUCUGCAUCUCAGGACAGUAACAACAUGCGGUUCCUUUUAUGCCAACUGCUUCUCCAUCGUGACUGUGGUAAGGAGCUGA